AGGAGCUGGCUUUAUGAAGGCAAGAAAUGUAGAUUGUUUCAUCUGUCUCAAGGCGUUUCAGAGUGUACAGUAGCUCCAGUAGCAAUGGAGGACAGUGACCAUGAAGCUGACUCGGCAUCCGAUGAUCAGGACUCUAUGCCAGCAUCCCCUGAACCCAAAGCACAUGAAGUGGAACAGCACUUCCCUAAGGAAGACUCUGAUGACUCCGAGCUGGAGAACAUCAUAGGACAUCACCCACCCAAAGAGGGCCACCCGUUCGCCUACCACGGGCUCCAUAAGGGCGAGAGUGAGUGUGAGGGGCAUAGCAGACCCCACAGCCCGGGAACACCCACCUACCCGAGGGCCACCGCGGUGCCCAGGGGCCCGGGAGAGUUAGAGCACGAGUCCAGACACAUGGCUCAGCGGGGCCACGUGGAUUUUAGCCUGCUGUCUCCUAUCAGCCCCUCCAGACCUAAAAGUCCCUGGGGUCGAUAUGACCCAUACAACUCUACUGAGGAUCAAGAUAAGGAGUAUGUGGGAUUUGCCACUUUGCCAAAUCAGGUUCACCGCAAAUCUGUAAAGAAGGGCUUUGACUUCACUUUAAUGGUAGCUGGAGAGUCUGGUUUAGGAAAAUCCACCCUGGUCAACAGUCUGUUCCUCACAGAUCUCUACAAAGACAGAAAACUGCUCAACGCUGAGGAGAGGAUCACUCAGACGGUGGAGAUCACAAAACACACAGUGGACAUUGAAGAGAAGGGCGUCAAACUCAAACUCACUAUCGUGGACACACCAGGAUUUGGAGAUGCUGUAAAUAACACUGAAUGCUGGAAGUCAGUGGCAGAUUACAUUGAUCAGCAGUUUGAGCAGUACUUCAGAGACGAGAGUGGACUGAACCGCAAGAACAUUCAGGAUAAUCGCGUGCACUGCUGCCUGUACUUCAUUUCACCCUUCGGUCACGGUUUGAGGCCUCUGGAUGUGGAGUUCAUGAAAGCUCUCCACGAGAAGGUCAACAUCGUUCCUGUGCUAGCUAAAGCGGACACACUCACCCCGACUGAAGUCAAGAAGAAGAAGAUCAAGAUUCGAGAAGAGAUCGAGCAGUACGGGAUCAAGAUCUAUCAGUUUCCAGACUGUGAUUCGGAUGAAGAUGAGGACUUCAAACAACAAGACCAGGAGCUCAAGGACAGCAUUCCCUUCGCUGUGAUUGGCAGUAACACAGUAGUGGAGGCGAAAGGCAAGAGGGUUCGAGGCCGUCUGUACCCCUGGGGAAUUGUAGAAGUGGAGAAUCCGGCACACUGUGACUUUGUGAAGUUGAGGAAUAUGCUGGUACGAACACACAUGCAGGAUCUGAAGGAUGUGACACGGGAAACUCACUAUGAGAACUACAGAGCGCACUGUAUUCAGAGCAUGACACGCAUGGUGGUGAAGGAGCGCAACCGCAAUAAAUUGACCCGGGAGAGCGGCACAGACUUCCCCAUUCCAAUGGUGACCGGCGUCACUGACAACGAGACGGAGAAGCUGAUCCGUGAGAAAGACGAGGAGUUGCGACGGAUGCAGGAGAUGCUGCAGAAGAUUCAAGAGCAGAUGCACACGCAGAAAGAGGCAUAUUAACGAUGUGUCAUUCUGCUCUUAGGCACUACCCCUGACCACGCCCACCAGAGUUGCCCCGCCCUCUCCAGCACCUUCGCUGUGAUAUCUGUUGAAUUACUGCAGUAUAUGAGAACUGGAGUCAGUACCACUGCUCUUACUCAUAUUAUGUUGCCUUUUACGGCAGGUUCACACAUCCUCCGUGAGCGGUGCGGUCGCGUUGGACCGGUAGCGGUUCUAGCUUGUUUGGUGCCCUGGGCGAAACCCUCUUCAACACACCCCCAAAGUUGUUGUCUGGGGUGAGGGGUGCUGCAGGGCGAAUGGUGUAGUCUGUUAAUAUGGGUGGUGAAAUUAAUACACCCCACUCACAGAGGAUGUGUGAACCUGGCGGGGCAUCAGAAUCUCCAAUGACUGCCCUUCCUUGCACGUUAUACUUUAUUCAAGGACCCAAUCGAAGCCACAGAACACAGACGAUCGCCUCACAGCUUACACCACAUCAGAUUUUUACCUUGUACCCCCCCCCACCCCUCUGUUCAGGGCAUCAAUUUGGCCCCCGCUUGCCUUGUCUAGAGCUUUUGGAACUUUUCCACUGCACGUUACGGUUCGACUCCCUCAACUCUACUUGUUUUAUGUUUCUGAGCUUGCAUUUCCAUUUCAUUUGAGUGCCGCAUCAACGUGGGUGGGAUUAUAGGCUGGUCGUCAUAGUUGCUUGAUGGUUCUGUAGUCACUUAAGUUUUUUUUUUACUUUUUUCUACACUGUUGGAAGAUCAGGUGAUAGCUGUGUGCGGCCAACAGCUGAGACACUUCCUGAGAGACUUUUUGGUUUCACUCAUCGCUAACGAGAGUACCGUCUGCACCUCGUUUAUUGAUCAUGGCGUGGUUUUGCGCACAGCCAUUUCUUUUACAAUUCGAAAGUUGCGUGAACAAAUGAAACUGUUAUCGCUGUUGCUAAAUUUAAAACUAGCGGGUUGAUGUCGCGUAUCGGAAAUCCAGUGACGCUGGUAGUGACUGUUCUCCCUCACCAAUCAGUGAUCUGCAAGAUUUUGACGUCACAUUUAGUAUCGGCUUAGCUCACUUGGAACCUCGACCGAGAUACUAAAGAAAGUAUCAGGUACAAUGCACAGUGGAAAACUCCAAAAAGCGAGCAGAGUCGAAUUGAGUCGAGUUGUACCGUGUGGUGGAAAAGCCCCAUCAGUGCAUGUGAUGACCAUAUCAAUGAACACACAUUUUGUUUGCACAUUCACAUUUACAAUUCCAGACACAGAAAUAAGGUAAACGGUUUAUACAUUUGAAUAUCAUGAAUAGAUGCGGGGUCAUAUUUCAUUAUAAUUAAGAAAUUAUAUUUUGAGUAUGAAAAUGAAGUCUAUUUUAGGACUAUUUAAUAAUUUUUUGCAUUGUGACAUUAUUUUAUGGACCUAAAUUCCCAAACCUUUCCCAAAAUUCUAAUUACUGAAUUAUGAAAAAAUAAAUUAAAUCUAAUUCUCGUACUGUAAUACAAUACAAUAAUAAUGAUAUCUUAUUUUAAUUAUAAAUUAAUUUAGACAGAUAUUACAGGAACGAGAAUGAAAAUCACCAUUGAGAAUAAUGAUAAUUACAAAAUAAAACCGUAAACUGCCCAGAUGUAUUACGGUA